AAUAACAAUUGUCAUAAUUGUUGUAUGGAUCGGACUUUCUAAUUUUGAUCGCGAAAAUGGCAAAACCGAAAAUAUUUUCAUAUUUACACUGUAAAGGAAGUAAAGAAACUACUAUUUUCAUUGUCUUCUAUUCCAUGUUUUAUUCAAUUCUGAGAUUAGCCGUUAAUAGUUUUAAGGAGUUUGGAAGAAUUUAUAUUGACGAAAAUAGAAUUUCUGCAUCUUGUUAUCUUGCCUACACCAUCAUCAAUUGGUUACUUUGGUCCGUGCUUUUACUAAUGAGUUUGCUAGUUAUUGGUGCAUUGAUAAAGAAAAUUCGUAAACUACUAAUCCCAUUUUUGAUAUGGAUGGGUGUCGUGAUUAUCGGAGUACCAGCUGCAGAAGUUUGUGUGUUGAUUGCCAUAAAAAAUAUAUCUGUAGCAAUUAGUCUUACUCUACUUACACUCAUUUUUAUUGCUUUCAAUAUAUACUGCUUCAUAUCAGUAUAUUUAUAUUACGAAGAUUUUUAUAAGAUUAAAAGAUCGAGCAAACAUCAUAGAAACAAGCGUAAUAAGAGGAAAAUCCAUCAUCCUCAAGAUAGUGGAAAUAUUGAAGAAAUUACUAAAUUUACAAAGGAUGAUGUCGAAGAUGGUGUUCAAAAUAUCUCUCCAAAACCAUCUAAACCAAACAAAGCAAAUGAUGAAGAAUUAGAAAAACCCAAAAAAUUGAGGUCUUCAAGAAAGAGGAAACAUAAAUCAUCAGUUCAAAAUGUUAGAUUAGAAGAAUCCAAUCUAAAACCUAAAAGGAGUAGAAAAAUGGCAUCUUCAAAAGGAAUUUCCAAAAAUAAAUCUAAAAAAACUCUUCCAAUUCAACCAAAAUUGAAUUUAAUACCUGAAAGCCAAGCAAAUUCAACAUCAGAAACUAUUCCAGUACCCACACAUCAAGAGGUAUGAUGCAUCAUCCAUGAUCAUCAUCAGCAGAGACAUGAUUAUAUAUGUUUUAAAUAUUCGAAACAGUUUCUAAAUUUUAUACACUGUAACUAAAAUUCUAUAUUUUAAAAUAAAUUAAUAAGUUGUUAUGUAUCUUCGAUACAAAUCAAAGUAUCAGAAUUACAAAUUUCAUUUAGAAGUGUGAGUUAUCAUUCUUACCACAA